AUGGAAAUCCGUAAAAUUAAAAGUGACAACAAAAAUAUUUUCAGCAAGGAAAUCAGUUACUCGAGUAGUGCUAAUAAACACAAUCUUCCCAACUUCUCUCUUUGGUUUCGUCACUGUCUCCCUUUUCUCAAGCUAUCUAGGGUUUGUGUUUCUGCACCGGAUUCCGACCGAACUAUUCUACGGCUAGUGGCAUUUGCACUGGAACACCUGUCAGGAAUAUUCUCCGAUCGACGACCACCACCAGCGCCGCCCGUGCUCUCCACGACCACCACCAGCGCCGGUCUGUCUCGUCACGCUGCUCCUCCACCCACGUUCAUUGAGGAUGACAAGAUUAUAGUACCCCAAAAUUCGUUGAUUGAAGUCAAUCAGUCUGGUCUUCUCAUGGGAACUUUGUAAGAAAAUUAGUCCAUCUUUCAGCGUUGGAGUAUCUCGGUAUUAAAGAAUAUAAACAUAAACCAACCAUGUAAUUUUCUUCCUUUCUAUCUUCCCGCUUCACU